AGGGCGGAGUGCCGCAGUCGCGGAGGGAGCGGCGCGGCGCGGACGCGUCUCUACCUCGACUCUACACUGCGCGCGCGCACGGAGCGAUGCGCAGGGCCCGCGCUCUUCUUUGUUUACUACUAUAACAACAAACUGGCGUCGUCGUGUAAAACAAAAUACAAACAAGUACAGUAACAUUGUAACUGCCUACACAAGAAAAAGUAUGUGACGAGUAGUUAAUAGUUACACUUUAUAGCGUAGUGUUUUGUGGUGUUGUUCUAAAACAGCUGUUUGUGUUGUGUUGAGAAACUCUGUCGAAAACAAUGGCUGAAGACGAAGAGAAAAGUUUGACAAAGGCGAAUGGAGUGAAAAUAGUUCCGGGGGGUCCAGGGAGAGUAGACGAGGGUGCGGAGGUGGAGGGUGCGGGGAUGCUGGAGAGCGCUGAGCAGCGGCGCGAACGCUGGCGCAGCGUGUACGUGAUCUAUUUCACCAUGUUCCAGAUGUCGCUGGGCUUCAGUAUCGUGCUCACCGGAGUCUAUCCCUAUCUCGACAAGCUGGAGCCCGGAGCAAAGAAAGAAACGUUAGGGUUGGCGGUAGGGGCCAAUCCGCUGGGCCAGCUAUUGUUCUCGCCGCUGCUGGGGCUGUGGGCCAACCGCGCGGGUAGCUCGCGCGCGCCGCUACUGGCCUCGCUGGCGCUGUUCGUGCUGGCCAGCGCGUUGUACGCGCAGCUGCACCUCACGCGGCCGCACGCGCACUACUGGAUGCUGCUCGCCAGGUUCCUCGUCGGGGUUAGCUCAGCGAAUAUCGCAGUGGCGCGGUCGUACCUGUCGGCGGCGACACUGGUCUCCGAGCGCACGCGCGCCGUUGCCUGGGUGUCGCUGGCGCAGGUGCUCGGCUUCGUGGUGGGGCCCGCGCUUCAGGCCGCUGCGGCGCCCCUGGGUGCAGGCGCCCCCUAUCCACCGCCCGGCGACUUCUCCAAUCCUUUUCGCCUGGACAUGUUCACCGCACCUGGCUGGAUCAACGCAGUCUUCGGAUUAAUUAACAUAGUUUUAUUUCUUCCGUGUAUAUUCAAGGAGAGGCCCAUCGCCGCCCGGGAGGCCAUGGUAGCGCAAGGGAAAGAUUCGGAGAAAGAAGCCCUGAAGGCGUUGAAACCAGACCUGAUCAGCAGCUGGACGCUGGUGCUGGCGUUCUUCGUGCUGGUGUUUAACUUCGUGUUGCUGGAGACGCUGGCCACCAGCCUCACCAUGGACCAGUUCGCGUGGAGCAAGCGACAGGCGCUCGAGUACAUGGGCGCGCUCAUGAGCGGCGGCGCGGUCGUCGCCUGCCUCACAUUCGCACUCAUUGGACCACUUACCAAAUUCUUUGAAGAACGAGCGCUGCUCCUAUGGGGCGGCUUUCUGCUGACAGGGCUGGCUUCAGUGCUGUGCAUCCCGUGGGGCCCGGGUGGGCCGCCGCUGGCGCCGCCAGACGCGGCGGAGGCUGGCGGCGGCUGCCCAGCCACCACACAGCCCUGGUGCGAGACAACUAGGGGCCUCACCCUCACGCAGUUCCUGCUGGGCUACGUCAGCGUCUCCGUGGGAUAUUCCCUCGGCGUCACGCUCAUACAGACCAUAUUCUCGAAAGUAUUGGGUCCGAGGCCACAGGGCGUGUGGAUGGGCGUGCUGACGGGCGCGGGGUGCGUGUCGCGGGCGCUGGGCCCGGUGUUCGUGUCAGCGGUGUACGCGCGGCGCGGGCCCGCCGCCACCUUCGGCAGUACGGCCGGCCUCACGUUCGCGGCGCUGCUCGCGUUGCGGGUCGUGUACUCGCGCUUGCAGCCGCCGCCGCUCGCACCCGCCGCCGUCGAGCUGCGGCCGCUGCAGCUCGACCGGCCGCCCGAUGACGCCUGAUGCCCCGACUCCGGCUCUAUGUAAUAUCUUUAAAAGAUGACGUAAAUUAAUAAGAGAAGAGACGUUGAUCAUUAUAUUAAUUUUAAAAUUCUGUAGGCUAGUUUGAUUCAAUUUUAAUUGUCAGUUGUACCUAAAGUAGCUCAACUAAAUUGGUGUAGGUUAAGUAGUUAUUAUAAUCGCUCAUUAAAAUGUAAAUAAAUGUACAUAAUAAGUGUAAGUAUGUGCUGAUAGCGAAUGAUAAGUAUAAGUAGAGAAUGUCUUGCCAUAGUUAUUUAUUGAAUAAUCAAUAACAAAAUUUUCUAGAAUAACAAUUUUUUUUACACACUUUCCUAACUAACAGAUUUAACUAUGGAAUAUUUUGUGUUACUUUUAGAUAUUUUUUGCUCAAAGUAUUUGCUCGAAGAAAAAAAUUAAUGACCUCCGGUGAUAAAUUUACAUUGAAUUGAAUAUAAUGUGACUUUGAAUGUUUUCGUCGCAAUAACAUAGAUGAGGCGUUUUUCAAAAUACAUUUGCCUUUUAAUUAGUAUUUAAAUAGGUACCUACCUAACUACUUCAUUAGCAAUCGACAUUAUUCAACAAUGUGGCUGACAGUAUUUUAAUGAAAGCAGUGUAAUUAGCUUAAUUUAUAAUUAAAAGUGGAGUGAUACGCAAAGUGAUAACGCAGCACAAGCGGCCAGGAGACCCGUGUGAACAUUGGAGCACAUUUACAUUUUUUAUGAAAAACUCUCAUGGGUUGUUUAUAAAGUCAGUUUUGCCACUUUUAUGGUUCAAUAUUCAUCAGAUCCAACGGCCAGCUAAAAUAAAUUAAACCUUUCCAAUCUCAACUCUUGUGGUCAAGUAGUUCUCGCAAUUAGUUAUUAAAUAGUUAGAAAAGAUAUCUUAGAAAUUAUGUAGCGUUUUUAUGUUCCUUCUUUAGAUUUCUUAAGAAUCGGUAGGUACUUACCUACCUACUAUUUGUUUUUUAUAGUACCUCUAUGUGUGUGUGUCCAAGUACUUACUUAGGUAAAUACGUAAGAUUUACAUGAAACUCUUGGAUAUUUUACUUGUUAUCGAGUCAAGAGUACUCCUUGGGGGAUGUAACACUCCUGAGGAAUGUUAAAAUUAUUUUUUACAUUUAAUUGUGUUCCAAUCAAGUUCAAUCUAGUCUUGUUUCGGUAGGUACUUGUCAUAAAAUCACUUUUGAAACAUAUAGGAGCAUUGUGUUCGAAUGAAAGCUUUAAAGGUUACGAUUUAAAAUUUUCUUAGGUUCAUUGUAGUCGAAUUGAGGACUAUAACAUGAGCCUAACUUAAUGUCUGAGAGUCAUAGCCAAUAUUUAUUUAGUAAAUGAUUUGUGACGAAUUGAAGUGAUUUAUAAAUUAUAGCUUAUUAGAAGCAGUUCUGGAUUGAUCAAUGUGCUGAAUAUUCUCGUUUCCAUCUUAUAUAACGGUUGGGAGUGCGAAUACCUGGGCGCAGGCGCAGGCCAAAUGCAUGUCAUUUCAUGCUUUAGGGCCAUAUUUUGAUCUCAAUCCAGUAAAAUGUAUAUACUUAUAUCUACAUAUUUUUGUACAGAAUUUCAAAUAAAAUGACGGUUACAUAACA